GGUUGCUCAACUGAUACUUGGAGUUUGUUGGAUAUUAGGUUUCUUUUGAGUUUCACUAAUGAAGCAGAGAGUUUAGGGGUGAAAUAUAGAUGCUAAACCAACAAUAUGCUCUCCAUUUUUGAUUGGUGAAUGAUUAUUUGCUUUGGUGGUUUUACAUGAGAAUUUUUUUGUUCACAUGCUGAGUUAAAACUUAAAAUGUUGGAAGUGCUUAAUGAAGAUAAUUUGGAUGGACUGUGACAAAUAACACAUUUUCUGGUGGUUCUAAGAGUCAAAGAUUAAGGUUUAAUUUUAUGACCAUUGAUCUUCAGGUUUGAGGUGUUUGUUUGGCCAUAAAUCUUUGGAGUUUGAGAAUCUUUUUGAUGUUUCUGUCUGUUUGAAUGACCUUGCAACAAAAUCUGAACCAUGACAUCAAGUUCGCUAUCUGGAGAGCGGAGAUGGGCUUCUGCAAGACGAAGUGGCAUGACUGUUUUGGGAAAAGUUGCUGUUCCGAAACCUAUAAACUUACCUAGUCAAAGGUUAGAAAAUCAUGGUCUGGAUCCUAAUGUGGAAAUUGUACCCAAGGGCACUCUUAGUUGGGGGAGUAAAUCAUCUGCUUCAUCAAAUGCAUGGGGCUCCUCGACACUGUCUCCAAAUACCGAUGGUGGUAGCAGUUCACCUAGCCAUCUAAAUGGCCGCCCUUCAUCUGGUGGCAGUGGUACACGACCUUCAACCGCAAGUAGUGACAGAGCACCUGAAUCUACUAAUGCUCGGGGUUCGGAUUCUAGACCAUCAUCAUCUUCUGGGCCAUUGGCUUCAAAUCAGACAUCAAAUGCAUCAUUGCGUCCUCGAAGUGCAGAAACAAGACCUGGCAGCUCUCAGUUAUCACGGUUUGCUGAACCUGUUAAUGAAUAUUCAGGGACUUGCGGUGGAACUGGGACAGCUGAAAAAUUGGGAAUGUCAUCUUCCAAGAAUGAUGGGUUUUCUCUUACUUCUGGAGACUUUCCUACUCUUGGGUCUGAAAAGGAUACCUCUGGGAAAAACACAGAGUUGCAAGAGCAUGGUGCUCAAGGUCGACCUGGCUCAUCCUCUGGAAUACCAUCAAUGAAAGAGAGGACUGGGAAUUCUGUUGUUGUUGACAUUUCUGGAAAUGAAAAUCAAAAGAGUGGAGCUGCAAAUUUUUGGAGAAGAGAGAAUCCUCCAUAUAGUGAAGAUGGAGUCCGGCCAAGCAUGGAGAAGUGGCAUGCAGAUCCCCAGGGACCCCAUCCAUACCCUAAUACUGCUAUUCCUCCUCAGCAUUAUGAUGCUUGGCAUGGUCCACCCAUAAACAAUCCAGGUGGUGGUUGGUAUAGAGGGCCUCCUGCAGGGCGGCCUCCAUAUGGACCACCAGUUCCACCUGGGGGAUUCCCCUUGGAGCCAUUUCCUUACUAUCGGCCUCAGAUUCCAGGUAGUGCUCUUGCUAAUCCACGGCCAGUUCCUCCUCCGGGAGCAGGGCCAAGGGGACCUCAUCCAAAAAAUGGUGAUAUGUACAGAGGCCCCAUGCCUGAUGCUUUUGUCCGCCCGGGUAUGCCAAUUAGACCUGCAUUUUACCCUGGUCCGGUGCCUUAUGAGAGCUACUAUGGUCCUCCCAUGGGCUAUUGUAGUUUAAAUGAGCGAGAAAUGCCAUUUAUGGGAAUGGCAGCUGGUCCUGCUUAUAAUCGGAUCCCAAGUCAAAAUACUCCUGAUCCUGGUGGUUCCCAUGCCAGGCCCAGUAGCAGUGGCUAUGGUCCUCCUGGAAAAGCACCUGCUUCAGAGCAUUUUGAAUCUGGCCAUCCUCAUGAUACACGAGGACGAUACAAGGUUCUUCUGAAGCAGCAUGAUGGCUGGGAAGGAAAGGAUGAACACAAGUUAGAGGAUACUGUGACAAGUGUAGAGAAGGGUGAUCUAAGGAGAACAUCAUCGUGGGAAAAUGAUUGGAAACCGGAUCAGAGAAAGGAGGAAGAAGAGAAUAUGAGGACAGUUGUUGAAGAAGCUUCCACUCAGAUUACCGACUACCAUGGAAGGGAUUCUAUCUCGUCCAAAGUGAAGUCAUCUGAAGGUGUAAAAAAAGCUAGGGCACAUUGCGACAUUUCAUCAAAGAAAAUAGAGCAUCCAGAAGACCCUGGUGCAACAAAAGAUUCCAGUCUGAUUCAGAAAAGAGAGAUUUUAAAUGCAGAACCUCAUGCCUCUGAUGGAGGUUAUGAAUCUGUCUGCAGAAUGGAGCAAAAACAUAAAUCGCAAAUAGUUAAUGCAAGGGUGAACCAUUGUGCAAAUGAAGUUACUACUGGUUCUCGUGCUGUAUUUCAUGAUAGAAUGCCCGCUUCUGGAAUGACUGGACCUACUAAUGAAGUAGGUGUUUCAUAUGGAGAUAAGAGAAUGGAUAUGCCAGCUAUUGGUGGAGCAGGCAUCAGCAGGAGAUCUACCCAUGGUAGGCAUGGUAGAACUGAUCAUCUAGGCCAGGAAAGAUUCAACUCUGAAGAUGUUGAUGGAUGGCGAAAGAAACCAACAUUUAUAGAUUCUUCAAAUGUAAAGUCCGCACGUGUUGAAAACCCUUCUGAUGCUAAUGUGGGAGACCAUGUGUCAUUAGAGGCUUUAGAAAAGUCUGGAUCAUAUUCCCAAACAGGGGAUGAGGGUGAGUUGAUACCUCCUGUGUAUGAUCGAAGUGAUAGCGAAGCACAGCGUGCUAUGAAGAGGGAACUUGCUAAGCAGCGUGCCAAACAACGACAAAAAGAGGAGGAAGAGCGGGCUAGAGACCAGAAGACUAAGGCUCUGGCUAAACUGGAAGAGUUGAACAGGCGAACACAAACAGCCGAAGGUUUAACUCAGAAGUUGGAAUCUGAUCCACAUAUGGCUGUCCAGAGUAAGCAAGAAGAAUCCAGAACACUUGUUGAUGAAAUGCUCCCUAGAAGUUCUGAAUCAACAUGCAUGGUUUCUAGCCCAACUAUAGCUGUAGAUGUUGGUCAAAGCAGCACUGGGGAACUUGAGAAGCUCACUGUUUUGUCCAAUCAACAACCCCUGGUGUCAACAAGGAAUUCUCACAAGGAAACUGCAGAAAUGCAUAACCGUUCUUUGCCCUUGCAAGAGAGAGUUAGUAAUGUUGAUGCUGCUAUCCAUGAUCACCCACAGGUUAGCGAUGGGAUCACUUUAAAGCAGAAACAUGUGGGCAAUAGGAAAAAGGAUCCUAAAUUAUUGGAUAAGAGUCCCAGUGAGAAUUAUAUUACUACAACAGAAUUGUCAAAUAUUCAUACUGAUGCAGUUGAUGUGGCUCCAUCUUCUGAGGCUGUUGCAAAUGAAAUUGACUCAAUCUCUGUGUCGAUUUCUACGCAAAAUGUUGUGAAUGAGUUCUCAAUGAACCAGAAAAGGAAAAAUAACAGGAGUGACAAGAACAAAUACAAAGGGGAGGAGGCAUCAUCUAUGGCUCCUUUAUCAUCUGGGGUUUCAAAAGAAACAAAUCAUGCACGGUCUUCUGCUGAGGGUUUGAAGCCCAAGUCUUUUGAACCAAAGUUGGAUCCGAACUCAUUUCAGUAUCCGACUGAAUCGAAGGAUGGAAAUCAGACUUCAGCACAAGACUUUACUUUUCCUCGUGAGGAAGCAUAUGGUAAAGGGAAUAACCAGUGGAAAUCUCAGCAUUCUCACAGGAUGCAACGAAAUCCACAAGCUAAUAAAUCUGCAGUCCACAGCAGUGAUGCUGUUGUCUGGGCACCUGUGCGGUCACAGAACAAAGCUGUGGUUGCUGAAGAGGUCAGCCAUAAGUCAACAGUUGGGAAUGUUGCUCCACUGGAAAAGAAUGAUGAUCAAGUGCAGAACAAUCCCAGAAACAAGAGGGCCGAGAUAGAGAGAUACAUCCCGAAGCCUGUUGCAAAGGAAAUGACUCAGCAAACAGUAGCUCAUACGGACAAUCAGUCUGCAGCAGAUGAGAUCGUGGGAAGAGCAGAUAUUGGGUCCCAUGGAAUUGGAUGUUCUCAACAUUCAGGCACAUCCACAGGGACAGUGAGGAACACUACUGAGUCUGGGAAUGAGGGUAGGCAGGGAAGAGGACAUGGAUCUUGGCGCCAACGCGCAUCAGCUGAGACAACUUUGCAAGGUUUGCAAGAUGGAUUUUGUUCCAAUCCCAGUAAAAAUGCUCAGAAAUCAACUGAACAGCAGCAGCAGCAGCACCAGAAGGCUGAUUCCGGCCCGGUGAAAGAGCAGCCCAAGUAUGAUGAAUGGACUACUUCUGAUGGUUGGAACAUGCCUGAAAAUCCUUAUUCUACUGUACCACCAGUACAUGUUUUAAGACAUCAGGGGAUGACAGGCAGAGGAAAGUGGCAUCCAUUCAAGGGACAAAAGGGUGGAGGAUACAACUAUAAUUCUGAUCGCAAGAAAAUUAAUAAUGGUGAAGCUGAUAAACUUAACCCGCAAUUGCCAGUCCCUGAGAUGGUUCGAAUCGUUCGAUUAGCCUCACCUACUGAAUCAAAAGAGAAUCGUGGUGUUGGGAAUCAGUCAUCCUCUCAUUGGCAACCCAAAUCUUCAUCCAUCAAUCAAAGAGGUAGCAGGCCUGAUCCUGAUCAAAAUGUUGGUGCUGAAUUUAGUAGGACAAACAGAAAGGAUUCUGCUCCUCAGGCUAAGGUGUCACAUCCAUCUCAACCAGACAAAGAAACCAGUAAAGGAGUGACUCCGUCUCUUAAAGAUCAUGUCUCUGAAAAAGGAAGUAUUGAAGAAGCACAUAAUGUCGGGUAUCAUGAAUCUAAGAGAGGAAGGAAUGUAGCUUCAGUUAAAGGACGCCUACACUCCCCAAACAAAGUUCCUGGUCUUCCAGUUGAGGCUCCUCUAUCAAAUAUGGAAACAAGAAAUGAGCAACGCUCAAUCACAGGGUUCUGCAGAAAUGGAAACCAAAAUAACCGAUAUGGCAGAGCGCAUGAGACACACGUGGAUUGGGGCUCAUCUGGUCAAGAAUUGAAGCAGCAAAACACACCUGCAAAGUGCGAAAGGCAGAGGCAUAACUCACAUUACGAGUACCAGCCAGUUGGACCCCAAAAUAAUAGUAAUAGAGCAAAUAAUCCCGAAGGGCAAAGAGAUGGAUCUCAUGGCACAGGUCGAAGGUACAGGGAGAGGGGUCAGAGUCACCCAAGGCGUGGUGGGGGAAACUUCCAUGGGCGUCCAAGUGGCACUGGUGGUUAUGACUAGUGAGGAAGUACUUAAGGGGUAGGUAUUUUAUUUUAUUUUUGGUCAAAAGCCGCUUUGUGCCAUGGACAACAACAGUUUGAGCUCGUAUUGUCAGGUAUUCAUUCAUGAGUAGGCAUCUUUUUGUGUUGAAAAAACUAUUGAAUCUUCUCUUAACUGAUGGCAUAUGGAUUGAUUAGGGCUAGGCGAAAAACAGACGGUGUCCACGGGGAAAACACGAUUGAAGGUACUCAAAUGCGGUUUAUUUCAUUUGUUGUUUUCAACUGUAAUUUGGUAUGGCCACAUUUUGGAUACUGCGGAACCUUUGCCACAUUUGUUUGAGCCUUGUAUUUCAGUGAAGUAGAAAAGUUUUAGUCUCCCACUUCGUCUUC